UUUAUUAUUUUAUAUUUAUUUUAUAUUCAUAUCCUUUUAUUUACCAUAUUCUGUCAUAUAUUAUCUUUGAAAAAUUGAUAACUUUGUUUAUCAGGGAACUGUAUUUUGUAAACGGAUUAGGGUCCAAGGUUCAUAUCAAUCUAUUUUUUACUUAUCGUUUUAUUUGCCGUAAGUUGAAUUUACUUCUGUGAGUCGGUGUUAAGUUUAAAUACUGUAAAAAUGUCUCUUUCAAAACUUUUAAUUAAGGCUAUAAAUAUAAAUGCCCGCAGCUAUGCAACAAAAGCCAGUCUAAAUGAAGUGGUCAUUGUAUCAGCAGUGCGAACCCCCAUGGGGUCAUUUCUAAGCUCAUUGUCAGCACUCUCGGCCCCAAGACUUGGAGCUGUUGCUAUCCAAGGAGCGAUAGAGAGAGCUGGCAUUCCCAAGGAGGAAAUUAAAGAGGUUUUCAUGGGAAAUGUUUGUCAAGGGGGUGUCGGACAGGCUCCUGCUAGACAGGCAACUAUAUUUGCUGGAUUGCCUUCAUCGACCAUAUGUACAACCAUCAAUAAGGUGUGUGCUUCAGGCAUGAAAUCUAUCAUGUUCGCGUCCCAAUCCUUACAAACUGGCGCCCAAGAAGUAGUUCUAGCAGGAGGUAUGGAAUCCAUGUCUAAUGUACCCUAUUACCUCCGAAGAGGCCAAACACCUUACGGAGGUGUUCACUUGGACGAUGGAGUAGUUUUUGACGGUCUCAUAGACGUUUACAAUAAAAUUCACAUGGGAAACUGUGCAGAAAACACGGCUACAAAACUCGGAAUAUCCAGACAGCAACAGGACGAGUUUGCCAUUAAUUCCUAUAAAAGAAGUGCCCAGGCCUGGAAAGAUAAAGUCUUCGAUAGUGAGAUUGUGUCAGUAACGGUGCCUCCUCAGAAAAAAGGUCAGGCCAGUUCCCAAUUUGUCGAAGAUGAGGAAUAUAAGAAAGUCAAUUUUGAUAAAUUCCCAAAGCUAGCGACGGUUUUCCAAAGAGAGAAUGGCACUGUCACCGCUGGAAACGCAUCUACGUUAAACGACGGUGCUGCUGCCAUGAUUUUAACUACAAGAGCAGCUGCCGAACGACUUAAUCUCAAACCACUUGCUCGAGUUGUAGGAUUUGCCGAUGGGGCUUGUGAACCUAUAGAUUUCCCAAUUGCACCUGCCACUGCAGUACCAAAGCUUUUGGAGCAAACUGGAGUGAAGAAAGAUGACGUGGCACUUUGGGAAAUCAACGAAGCUUUUAGUGUCGUAGUGUUAGCUAACCAGCAACUAUUGGAUAUCGAUCCAAGCAAGGUUAAUAUACAUGGUGGUGCUGUCAGUCUUGGACAUCCCAUAGGCAUGUCGGGGGCGAGGAUUGUUGUGCAUUUAGUGCACGCUUUAAAGCCAGGCGAGAAGGGAGUUGCUUCCAUUUGUAAUGGGGGUGGUGGAGCAUCUUCUAUUAUGAUUGAGAGAUUGUAAGUUAUGGCUGAUUCUUGGUAAUGAUGGGUUUUGUCAAAAGUUUAUUGUAGGAUAAACAUAUAGUAGAUUUUUAAGGUUUGGUAAAUUGAAAUUGAAUAACUUAGUUAUCACUGUUUUAAAUUAACGAGUUAUUUGUUUUUUUUAACUGGAUAAUUUUAAUUAAUUUUGAAUAUUUGCAGAGUGAAAUAUGCAAAAGGGUAAUGGUUUUUCUGUGUUGGAAUUAACAAUAUAAACUUCAUGAAUUUCCGGGACAGAUCUCUUCUGCUACGUCUUUCCUUCACGCAAUAUAAUAUCACAGAGCUUAACAAGCUUCUGACAGAGAUAAACUUUACUUUUUUUUCUACAAUCGAAAAAGAUUCGUAAAAACAUUUCUUCUUCCUAAAAAACUAAUGAGUAAGUAAUAUCUGUCGGUUGGUUGUUUUCGUCGGGCUGACCACUGUUUCUCCAAUCUUAGUUAUUUGCAUUUUUUAUUAAGAAUUAAACAAUAAAUUUUAUUACGAACUUUCAUUCAAGUGCAUUAAAAAUAAAAUGAAUUUGCUCCGUAACCUUGUUCGCAUCUCAAAGCAAUAUUCGAAAUUUAAAUUAAUUUAAAUGCCAUGAAUCCACUCCAGUUCUCAAAAUACUACUUCAGUGGUUUUUGUUAGGUGUCUUUCAAUAAGAAGAAUAUGGUAAUGUCUACAAGAAGAAGCAUUUAUUUAUAAAUUAAAAAUACAUAUUCUAUAACAACAUAAUAAACGAAAAAGUAACGUGCUUACGGAAGCACUUAAUUUUCGUCACUGGUCUUUGCUUUUUGAUCACGCUUUAAUCAUUUUUAUCUGCAGAUCGUUUAAAAAAACUGCCCAAGGAGUUUCGCUUCUUCCUCCCUUUCAGGAUAUUGCGAAAAUGAGUUAGACUCGUUUCGUUGGACAACUCUGCUGCAAGACCAGUUGCAACUUUUUCAGCGUGAUUUUUAUCGGAGACUUUCUCCCUCAUUCCCAAGAUCUCUUUUAUGUGUCUUGUGGAGAUAACCUUCUCCAUCUCAGGCGAUCCUCUUCAAAACCAAUUUUUCGGUGAACCAUCAUAUGUUGAGACUGCUCCUGGACGAGUUUGUUUACAUCUCUUUCAUCCACCUCCACACCCAUGGAUUUUCUCAGAGAAACUUGUUUCAGCUACGGUUUCAGGCCACAGCUUCUUUUAUGUAGAGGUUAAGGUUCUCAUUGUGACACCCAGCCAGGCCUGAUAAUUCUUCUGAAUAACUCUUGAAGCAUAAAUCUCUAAGCAUCUCGGUUUGUGAAUUGUGUUCUCCGUCACCUCAAAGAAGUGCCAAUUGUCGAGGACGAGAACGGCUUGCAUGGAUAGUUUGUUUUUUUAACAGAAAGUCCAAGGCUUAUCCACUCCACAAAGAAUUUCCUGACGACCCACGCCUUUGGAUAUCCCAUCCACAUAGCUUGCAGUUUUUCUUUUAAAAUGUUAUGUCACUUAGAGGCUCUGCGAUUUUCCAAAAGGUAUACUAGCAGAGACUUGUUCCAGUCACCACUCGUAUUGGCGCAAAGUGCUAGAGUUAAUCGAUCCUUUAUCCUUUAUGGGUUUGUGACCCAUCGUCUUCUCCUCUUCCUUUAUGUAAAUCGUAUUCGGCAGCCCUGUCUCAUCCCAGUUGAAGACUUGCUGGGGGAUGUAUCUUUUGGCUUCUAUCAAUUCGAAAAACGUUUUUAUGAAAAGCUCAGCUGACUUUGAUUAUUCUGAUUAUACGUUUGUAUAAGUGUGUGAGAUCUGCUUCAGCAAAUCCCUUAUAAAUCGCUCGUUCCUUCUCAUAUGUGAUGCUUGGUAUUAAGAUCCCCUAAAGCUGUUUCUCUGUCACCCAUACCAUCAGUAGUUUCUCCAUCUUUUCAUGGAGAGAAGGAACUUAGAAAUUAUUGUAACGCCCUUUAGUUACUAUAUACUUAAGUUGUCCUGAACUUUGUCACCCCCAUGCCUAUGUCGUCUUUACAGUAACUCUGCCACUGGUUAUACCCUUUAUAAACACCUGUUCAAGAACAGUACAUAUCAUUGAUGUGCUACGACCGUACCUCCUCGUCAGGUCAAUUAUUUGAACACCUUACUCAUGCUUGUCUAUGAUUUCAUGGUUUAAUUCAAUAUAAAUCAUCUUCUUCAUCGGACCCAUGUAAUAAAAAUAAAUGUGAUGAUGUUUUAUAAAUGUACAAAAAUCGUAAAACGUCAACCCAACUUAUCAAAAAUUAUUCAAAAACGAACGAAACAAGCGGACACUGAGGUAGGAGAAACUGUUAGACGCAUCCGUACGACACAUGCCCUCUGCAUGUUGAAGACGUAUGCAACGGUAUAGUGUAGUGUGCGAUUCCUCGUAUCUCAAAUUAACUUAUUGUCCUAUUUGAAUCAUCUUCAUUUCGAUUAGCAGAAAAAUGUAGAGGUUCUUUCAGAAUAGUACUAUAACUACUAUCAUUUGAUGUCACAAAAUUAUUACCUUGAAAUUGAAAAAUGUUGUUACGAUGCAUAUUAGUAUUGUACAUUUGAUUGAGCGAAUUUUCUAUUUGAAGCUAUGCAUCAAAAGGAUCUUUUGUUUAUUAUGUAUAUAUGUAUGUGUACAAUAUCGUUCCUGUGUUAUCUGUUUAGUGUUGUUUUAACUAAAAAAUCUGUAAUUUAGUGUCCCUAGAAUGACUUUAUAAAAGUCGACAAAUGUCGACAUAUAAAUUAAGGAAGCUUUAGUUUCAUUGGACCCCUAUUUUACAAUCUUUUCCCCUAUUUAGAAAAUGAUCUUCUAAACUUAUUAUCGCUUUUUUUAACCCAAUAUCUUGGCCCAGAAGCUUAGAAAGAGCAUUUCACCGAUGGUUUGUCAUAGUUGCUAAAAUUUGACUUUAGAAUUAUGAUGUGCUGAUUUAUUAUAUUUUAAAAUAUAUUCUUUAAAGACACACUUAUCUUUAGAACUUUUUCUAAAAUUUUUAGCGGUGCUUACUUUUUCUGAUGGUACCAAAGAGAGCAAGUCGUAAUUAUCGAACGUUUGCACUUCCCUUAAAAACUUAAACUCAAAUUUAUAUGAUAGGAAUGAGAUGAACUUCUGGACCAUAUCAUUCUUGUCAUGUUAAGGAUUAGUUUUAUUACAUUUUGAUUUUCCGUAUUUACUCUUCUCCUUAUAAAAUUGUACCUGGAAACUAGUUUCUUAAAAUUACAUGCUCUGGCUUAUACUCUGCUCAGAGAUUUUGUACAAAUUAAUUUGUCGUUUUGUCUAAGGACACACUAUGAACUCUCAAAAGAAUUUGUCUAGUAGUUGAGUCUCGAACGCUCAUGACUAUCCUGUCUCUGAGCACUUUUCCUUCAGGGGUCUGGUUUGGAUCAACAUUGAUAUUUUUACAAUAUUUUAUUAAGAAUGUACUCACUAGAAGUGAUUUGAGUUGUAACAUCUUGUGCAAAACAUAUAUGUCGCAAAAUACAAAUUCUUUUAGUGGUUGACAUACUUCUCUAUCUCAGUCAACAUUGCAUCAUAUUGGUCAACGGCUGAAUUAAUUGUGAACGCAGACAUCAAGUCUAAAACAAAAAGUUGGUUCAUAGUGAUGAGAGAAAUAAAAUAUUAAUCAAGCACUAAAUCAUUGUUGCUUUCUUAUGGUACAUUCAUUCAAAAAUGCAUUAAAAGCUAUUUCAAGGAAAAUACCACUUUGGCCCUUUUUUGCAUACUUCCUUCUCUAGUUAUAUGACAUAAAAAAAUAAUGCAAUUUGAAUUAAGUGUAAAAAUUAAAGAUUUUAUAUAAGUACCGCUAUAAAGUGAAUUUUAAUCAAAUAGUAUAUAUUUUUAUGUUCGUAUUACACUUUUGACUAAACUUAGCUUUUAAUAUAUAUUCGUUGUGAUUCGUUCUUCUUCAACCCACUGAUAUUGUUAUUUUUACUAUAGUUUUAUAUAAGAAUUAUACUUUAUACUAUAAAUUGUGUAUCCAAAAAUGUGAAUAUAUUAUUUUCAAUUAAAACUAAA